GGAGGAGUGGGGAAGAAAGAGAGGGACAAUCCAUAGAACAAAAGGCAUUUCGGAGGACGGGAAAGUUAGACCAAAAGAUGGGCAGGCUUCCAGUGGCAGUGCUUCUCUGCAGUUUCCAAGUAAUUGUUGCUGUGGUUUCUGAUCAACAUGAAGUAACCCUACAGAUUGACAAUGGAGAUGGUGAUCUUCAUGUGAUCUCUGAAUCCCCUCAAGACUGCAGGGAAGAGACAUACCCCUGCACCAGGAUGUACUCUGUCCAUCGACCCACAAAGAGGUGUAUUCAUUCCCUCUGUCUUUAUAGUAUCCCCCGAGUCUACGUGAUCAACAAUGAGAUUUGUGUAAGGACCGUCUGUCAACAGGAGGAAAUCCGUAAAGCGGACCUGUGCAGAGAGAGAUCCGGUUGGCCAAAGCGAAUGCAGAGGUCAGUGCAGAAACGCUGCCGCCGUGGCAACCCCAAAACCGGGCAAAACGGAACCUGAAGGAGGGCAGAAAAAUCAACAAUAACAAGAUAAAAGAACAAUACACCCAAAAUAAUGAGUGAGACCUUUCUGUAUAAUUAAUAUGUAAUAUGUACUUCUUUAGUUCUGACAGUCUAUGUUACGUAUAUCAUUUUCUGUAAUUCAUAACAUUCUAAAUAAAUACUACAACAAUUCACGAUUUCUGAAA